GCCCAAAGCCUUUUUUCGGACCUAAUUGAACCUUACAGAGAUAACCGCAACAACCCCAAUUAAGGAAGGAUAUUCUCAGUUACUUUCCUUAGGUGGCGCGUAUUCUCCAGCCGCCACAAUGGGCCAAUCCCCUUCCGCUGCUUUGGAUAGGGAAAACUCCCUCAGUGAUCGCUUCAGCUUUUUAUCCUCUUCUGGUUUCAUUUCCAGCGAGGAAUUUCCCGAUGAAAUCGCGACGAAUCGGGAUUACACCUCUGAGAUUCCCGACGAGUGUUUGGCUUAUGUUUUCCAAUUCCUCGGCCCUGGAGAUCGGAACCGGUGUUCCCUUGUCUGCAAGCGGUGGCUGUGCGUGGACGGUUGGAGCCGCCACCGUUUGUCUCUCAACGCCCAAUCUGAGAUCGACGUUUCUUUGCCUUCUCUCUUCACGCGCUUCGACUCCGUAACCAAGCUCGCCCUACGUUGUAGCCGUAAAUCAAUCAGCCUAACCGAUGACGCUUUGGUGACGAUCUCAAUCUACUGCAAAAACCUCACACGGUUGAAGCUCCGCGGUUGCCGCGAAAUUACUGACGAAGGAAUGUCGGCAUUUGCUGAGAAUUCUAAGAAUUUAAGGAAACUUUCUUGUGGUUCUUGCAUGUUUGGCGCCAAAGCUUUAAACGCCGUCCUUGAUUAUUGCAAGAAUUUGGAAGAGUUAUCAGUGAAAAGGCUGAGAGGAAUCCACGACGGAGCUGACCCGAUCGGUCCAGGAGCCGCGGCUUCUACGCUGAAAAUGAUUUGCUUGAAAGAGCUCGUUAACGGUCAGUCAUUUGAGCCGCUUGUGAUUGGAUCAAAAAGCCUUAAAACUUUGAAAAUUAUUCAUUGUUUGGGUGAUUGGGAUAGAGUCCUUCAAUUAAUUGGAAAUCGAAACGGGAAAGAAAAUUUGAAUUUUAAUAACAAUAAUAAUAGCAGUAGUAAUUCUUUGAUGGAAAUUCACCUUGAGAGGCUUCAAGUAAGUGAUAUAGGAUUAUCUGCCAUUUCAAAAUGUACCAAAAUUGAGAAUUUGCAUAUUCUUAAAACCCCGGAGUGUUCGAAUUACGGACUUGUUUGUGUAGCCGAGCAAUGUAAGUUGUUGAGGAAGCUUCAUGUUGAUGGAUGGAGGACUAACAGGAUUGGAGAUGAGGGUUUGGUUGCUUUAGCCAAACACUGUCCUAAUUUACAGGAACUUGUUUUGAUUGGUGUUAAUGCUACCCAUUUGAGCUUGGCGGCCAUUGCUUGUAAUUGUUCAAAACUCGAGAGAUUAGCACUUUGUGGAAGUGGAACUAUUGGUGAUGCAGAGAUUGCAUGCAUUGCAGCAAAAUGUAUGGCAUUGAAGAAACUUUGCAUCAAGGGAUGUCCUAUUUCAGAUGUUGCCAUUGAAGCACUUGGUUGCGGUUGUCCCAGCUUGAUGAAAAUUAAGGUGAGGAAAUGUAAAGGAGUAAGCAGUCAAGCUGGCGAGUGGUUACGUGAGCAAAGGGCAUCAAUGGUGAUCAAUAUGGAUGCUUGUGAGAUAGAUGGUGGUUCCAAGGCUAGUGUCAGUGAUGGUGGAGUUCAUGACAUUGGUGUGGAGUUUCAUCAGCAGGAGGUUGGCCAAGUCAUUGGUGCGGAUGCUUCGACAAGCAGCAAUGGUAGUUUAGCAUUGUUGAGGUCCAAGUUGGGGCUUUUUGCUGGUAGGAAUUUAGUGGCAUUUACAUUCAGAAGGUGGUCUAACAAUGAUGAUAGUUUCAAUAGCAACUUGUGAAUGAUCUUUGUAGUUGGAAAAAUACUCUUGGUCUGAUCACAUUGCAAACGUUGUGAGUUUGUGAUAUUGAACCAUUUUUUUAAAAAUUCCUAUUUGUAUUUUUUAUUUAGAUUUUUUCUUGGAAACUUGUAAACCUUGAUUACAAAGACAAAUGGGAAACAAACAAGUGGCCAAGGAUUUUCUCCUUAUUGCUUAUAGUUGCAUCUCCACUCUUCCCUUUCUUUUUAAUCUAAUUAUAUGUUGAAUAUGCAAUUUCUUCA